AUGGUUGCAACACUGACCACCAAAGAUUAUUCGGAAUAUAUACAUCCAUCAUCCCAAACAACGAUUGAUAUGAAACAAAGUCCAUUAGUAUUGAUGGCUCAGGCAUGUAAUAAUAUUGGUAAAGAACUUGGACUUGCUGAUGUUACAUCACCAUCGUUCAAUAAAUACUACCAAUCAUCAUCAACUCAAGUUUCAAAAUGUGAUAAACCGAGAACACGUUCAAUCGUUCAUCCUCAACAAAACGAUAAAAAUCGUACAAUAUCUAGAAAAUCUUUAUCGCCUUCGGAAACGACAAAUAACAAUCGAGCAAAAUCAUCGAAACGUUCUUCACUAUCAAAAUCAUUGAAUGAAUAUGAAUCAUCGCCACAAAAACAACGUCAUACCACUAAUCGUACACCUACACCAUUACCAACAAAUAUACCGCCGUGUUCUCCUCCGAAAAAUAAACAAACAUCAUCACCUUUUUUGCCUUCUCAGUUUCCAGUACCAUUGUCCAUACCGCCAUCCGAUUUUUCUCCAGAAAAUCCAUUUUUGAUACCAUCACUGAAUCCAAUGCAUUUUUUUGAUCCCACUCUGCUAAGUCAUUUAACGAAAACAUGUUAUUCUCCUGAUUUAUCGUCACCAUCGAUAGCAUCGGCAAAUUCGGCAUUUACAAGCCAGCGUAAUGAUCCUCAUUAUUAUUUGGAUCAAAUUAUUCGUGAAUAUUCAAAUAAAUACAUUAAAAAUACAACCACUAAUUAUUCUCCGUCAUCGUCAACACAACAACCACAGUUUGUUUGUAAUUGGAUGGAAUCAUCCGACGGAUUUUGCGGUAAACGUUUUCAAUCACAAUUAGCGUUACUUGACCAUCUAUGUACACACACAUCGGGUGAAAAUAAUCAUUCAAAAACAAUUCCAUCAUCAUUACGUUUUCAUCCGUAUAAGCCAUCACCGAAUAGUUCGUCAUGUUCUUCUCUACCCUAUUUUACAUCAUCAGCAUUAAAUCAUUUAUUGGCCACAGCACCAGUUUCCUCGUUGUAUACUCCAACACCAUUUGGACUUUAUCCACCACCAUUGGGCUUCUUUCCAAACAAACUAUGA